AUGUCACUCUUACAGCAACAGCAAACAUCAACGUCUACGCUAAAGAAACCACCAACGAUGUCAACGUCGACACGCACAUUACCAAAAAGUGGUCGUCUAUUAGAUAUACCACGUAAUGUAAGCUCCACUGUUUUAGGUGAUCGUAUACUAGAUAUAUUAUGGAAGGAUUGUUCUACUGUUUCAGAUGAUCGUCUAUUAGAUAUACCAUGUAAUGUUAGUUCUGCUAUUUCAGAUGAUCGUCUACUAGAUGUACCUUGUAAAGUUUGUUCUACUGUUUCAGGUGAUCGUCUAUUAGAUAUACCAAGUAAAGUUUGUUCUACUGUUUCAGGUGAUCGUCUAUUAGAUAUACGAUGUAGGGUUAGUUCUACUGUUUCAGAUGAUCGUCUAUUAGAUAUACCAUGUAAUGUUAGCUCUACUGUUUUUGAUUAUCGUCUACUUGAUAUACCAUAUAAAGAUUGUUCUACUGUUUUAGGUGAUCGUCUACUGAAUGGAUAUACCGAGUUAGGUGAUCGUCUACUAGAUAUACCAUGUAAAGUUUGUGGUGAUAGAAGUUCUGGUAAACACUAUGGAAUUUACAGCUGCGAUG